AUGGCGCGGUGCUGUUGCUGCAGCAGUCGUGUGCUGUGCCUGUGCCUGCUGCCCUGCAUGAUGAUGGGUCACCUGCUCAUCUACAUCCUGGUGUCCAUCUUCGUCACCAUCUCCUACAACAGCAGCCAGGCUCCGCCCCCGCAGCUCCCGCUGCACUUCGUCGCCCCCGGCGCCUCCAAGAACUCCGUCGCCGUGGCGUCGCAUCCGCUCGGACCCUUCUGGAACUUACGGCUGCAGGACGGAGCGCUCUGGAACCGCCUGCAGCACCAGCUGGACCGGCGCCACAACCCCAUCCUCAGAGUGCGGCGGCGCGGGGGCAACAGAACGCUGGGCGGGGGGGUAAACGGAGCAGAGAUGCCCCCCGCGCCGUGCGAGCUGAGGCCCCAGGGGUCGGCCCUGCUGCCGGACUUUAGCGAGCUGCCGCAGCAGAUGAGGGACUUUGUGCUGUCCAUGCACUGCAGGACCUACCCCCUGCUGAUGGACCAGCCGCACCUGUGUGCGCCGCGCCGCCCGCUAGUGGGGCCCAGAGCCCAGGGGGACGCAGACGCACCCACACUGCUGAUGGCCAUCAAGUCCCAGGUGGGCAACUUUGAGAGCCGUCAGGCGAUUCGGGAGACGUGGGGGAGGAGCGGAUGGGUAGCGGUGGAGUCAGGAGGAGCAAGAGGAGGAGGAGGAGGAGGAGGAGGAGGAGGAAGAGGAGGCCUGGUGCGGACCGUGUUUCUGCUGGGCCGCCAGGACUCGUCGACGGGCCCCCACCCGAACCUGGACGCCCUGCUGGAGCUGGAGAGCCGUCGCCACGGCGACAUCCUCCAGUGGGACUUCCGCGACACCUUCUUCAACCUGACGCUGAAGGACGUGCUGUUCUGGGAUUGGCUCGGCCGCCGCUGCCCCGACGCCCACUUCCUGUUCAAGGGCGACGACGACGUGUUCGUGCGCACGGGAGCCCUGCUGGACUACCUGCUCAGCCAGACGCCCCGCACACUACCAAACAACAACAACAACAACAUCAACAACAACAACAGCGCCACCGAGGCCGUCUGGGACUUCCUGGUGGGUGACGUCAUCAGCCACGCCUGGCCCAAUCGGCAGCCGGAGACCAAGUACUUCGUCCCGGAGAGCUUCUACGCGGGCGUGUACCCGGCGUACGCGGGCGGGGGGGGCGUGGUCUACUCGGGCUGGCUGGCGCGCAGGCUGCGGCAGGUGUCUGCUCAGGUGCAGCUGUUCCCCAUCGACGACGUGUACCUGGGCAUGUGCCUGCGCCGCCUGGGCCUGGCCCCCACGCACCACCCGGGCUUCAUGACCUUUGACCUGCCCGAGGCCCACAGGGACAAGCCGUGCGCCUACCGCAACGUGAUCCUGGCGCACAAGCGCAGCCCCCGACAGAUGCUGAUGCUGUGGAGGCAGCUCAGGGAGACCCUGCACACCUGCUGA